AUGGGACAUUUACUUUCACAUCCAAUUGAGGACAAGAAUGUCGACUACAAAGCCUAUACUAGACUUUCAUACUGUAUUGGAUCCAUGCAAGGGUAUCGUAUGAAUAUGGAAGACGCUCACGACGCCAAGAUCAAUGAGGAUGAAACAAUUGCAGUAUUUGGAGUAUUUGACGGACACGGUGGACAGCAAUGUGCUGAAUAUUUGUCACAUCAUUUGACAAAGCACAUUUUCAAAAAGCUUAUUCAUCUUCAAGAAGCUAGUCAGAGUAACCAGAUAAAAAAGAAUGUGAUUGGCAACAGGUCCAUAAUAAAGAUUUUAAAGGACUCAUUUUUCAAAAUGGAUAACGAUUUGUCCAAUUCUCAGAGCUAUGUCAAUUGUGGAUCGACCAGUGUAGUGGCUGCCAUCAUUGACAAUAAGAUAUUUGUUGCAAACACUGGUGACUCCCGGUGCAUAUUGUCAACCAGUGAAGGAAAUGCCAAGACUUUAUCAUUUGAUCAAAAGCCUAGUAUUAUUGGCGAAAGGGUCCGGAUAGAGAAUAGUAAUGGGUAUGUGAUUAAUAACAGAGUCAAUGAGAUAUUGGCAUUGAGUCGAGCAGUGGGGGACUUUAAGUUCAAGACCCCGUAUCUCACGUCAACCUUGAACAAGUAUAUUCUUGAUAAUAUAACGGAAAAGUACAAGAAGGGCCAAAAGGAGCUAAGAGAGAAAGAGAAGGAGCAGCUGAAUAAGGAUAACAACAACAACAACAACAACAACAAAGACAUACCGAAUCUGAACUGCAAUGACGCCUUCUCCUCUCUACAAAUAUCUGACCAUGAAUAUAUUCACAUUCCACCAGAGCUUUUCCAAGUAACGGUUGAACCAGAAAUUCUAAUAUUCGACAUGAAUCAACUACCAACACCCGAAUUCAUAGUUAUUGCAUGCGAUGGAAUAUGGGACUGCUUCAAAAAUAACCAGCUAAUCCAAUUGAUACGGGAUAAAUUGGUACUAGGUUGGAAAUUGAACAAGAUUGUUGAGUAUGUCUUGAAUGACAGUUUGACCAUGGCUAAUAACUACACUGGUAUUGGAUUGGACAACAUGACGUUGAUAAUAGUGGCGUUGCACCCGAGUAAGAGCUUGGAGGAUUGGUACAGCGAUAUGAUUUACAAGAUUGAAAAGGAGAAAGGAUUACAUUAG